GAGAAACAGUCGCUUCUUCCAGCUGAUAUUGAUGUAAGGAAUGUAACUGCAUCAGUACUCUUUUACUCAUCAUGUGCAGAUGGCUCUAAAGAUUGAAAUUGCUGAGACCAAGGUUAUUUUGCUCAAUCUGCUAAUAUGUAUGAUCAUAUUCUACUCUGUGUAUUAUAUGGUCCUGUUCAUUUGUUUCACAGCAUUCAGGCUACAAAUGUUGGAUGGACUGGCACCCUUUGAUUUUAAGACAAACCCUUCAUGGAUUAAUCCAAAUUAUUUAGUUCUUGUGGUGUCACUAGAGAUAACCUACUUCACGUCUGGACUGCUUUUUGUUCUGGUUGUGGAAGAAUGGGUUUGGGAUUAUGCUAUCACUCUUACAGCCAUUCAUAUCGCCAUCACGACAGCUGUGAGGUCUGAAUUCCCUUUGGUGUUGCACUGGUGGGCUGCUUUAGGUUCUGGACUAAUUUCAAUGAUUUGCGUUGGACAAAGCUUGGCAUACUACUUGUUCAAAGACAAUUUUAUUUACCCGGUUCUGGAUUAUUUCUGAAGUAUACAUUUUAUAUACCUCCAUUACAUCUUCCAUGAGUUCUAAACUAAUACUUGAAAUUACAUUUUUUUAAAUAGGGGGUAUUUUUAGCAUGCAGCUUUCAUUUGGUUUGAAUUAUAGACAUUUUUUAACCAGCAUUUUGCUUAUUGUGCCUUUUGGGAGAUGAGGAUAAAAUUUAAUGUUUACAAAUCAAUGUUAAAACCUCUUUGCUCCCUACCUUCUUCAGUAAAGGCUCAUUCUAAAGCAGUAAAAGAAUUGUAGCAUUUCAUACAGAUCUUAACAACAUCUGAACUGGAGACUUUAAAAAACAUAAUAGUAUGAUUUGCCUUUCUAUCAUUGGAAGAUUUUCAUAACAAACUGACGUAUACUGCUAAUAAUAACUUGUAUGAUAUUCUUUUUUGGCAGCACAUUUUAGUGGUGUAGCAUGUCAUUUGUGGAAAGAAACACUGAAAAAAAUCAGGAACAUGUUCAAGCCAAAUUUAAUCACAAUUAAAUCCCACAAAUCUCAGUGAGAGAAAUGUAUAAACAUGCUUAAUUUUCAUGAGCUAAAAUAUUUCUAGCAUAAGAAUGGAGCUUCUCCAAGUACCCUUUGGAAAACAUUUUUUGGAUGCCUAAGAAGAAAAGAUCCAUAACUCCAGGAUAAACCUUAGUCAGUUUAAUACAGCAAAAAGCAGCCUAUUAUGUAGGUAAUACUUUAUUAUAAACUAGCAGGGCACCUGUGCUUCGCUACGCAUACUUCAUCACAGCCUCUCUAUUAACUUUGGAGUGAUA